AUGAAGUAUUCAGAGUUCAAUCAAACAACUGAAGAAUUUCAACAAAUUUCGAAUUUAAUAUCAUCACAUUUGAGUGAACCAUAUUCUAUAUACGUCUAUUGGUUCUUUCUUAACACAUGGCCACAAUAUUGUUUGACGUUGCGAGAUGAGGAUACUCUGGAACUUAUUGGAGUUAUCAUCUCCAAAGUAGAACCACAUAGAGAUGUUAGAAUGAGAGGAUAUAUUGGGAUGCUUGUAAUAGAUCCUAAGCAUAGAGGUAAAGGAUAUGCAUCAAAAUUGGUUGAAAUGACCGUACAAAAAAUGAUCAAGUGUGAUGAUGUCGAUGAGAUCACCUUGGAGACUGAAGUGAUAAAUCAAGGGGCAUUGAAACUAUAUGAAUCUUUAGGAUUUAUGAGAACCAAAAGACUUUAUCGUUAUUAUUUAAAUACUCAUGAUGCCUUCAGAUUGAUUUUACCAGUGACAGAAAAGUCAAUGAAAAGAAUUGCAUUUUUAACUCCAAUUGUAUAG